AUGAGGGUGGUGGACUGGCUGCACUGUAGAGGAUGGACUGAUAAGGUAUUGUCUGAGUUUCACACGCCGCAAAUAACGCUUGCAUUUACAUAUGUUUGCCUUAAAACUUCAUAUUACCUUUAUACGCACGCGGAUGGAAGAUACGCAGUUAAAUUUGGUACAGAGGGCACGAUGGAAAAAACGUCAGAGCCCAAGUAUGACCCAAAACAAAUGGUUAUAAAAUAUACAAAACGUAAAACAGACGCAUAA